AUGCUGCCCUGCCACGUGCCGAGUUUCAGGCAUCCAUCCAAGUGGAUGUUUGCCCCUCUCCUCCUUUUCCUGGCUGAGCUCGGCUGCGGCGCCCAACCCACUUACCAAUGGAAAGAUGCUGCGACGAGCGAGAAGCUCACGUGCCAGCAGUGCCCGCCGGGGACCUUCGUGGCGCAGCACUGCACCAGGGACAGGCAGACGGUGUGCGAGCCCUGCCCGGAUUUGCACUACACGCAGUACUGGAACUACCUGGAGAAGUGCCGGUACUGUAACGUCAUCUGCGAGGAGAAGCAGGUGGAGGUGCAGCAGUGCAAUUCCACCCACAACCGCGUCUGUCAGUGCCGGGAGGGCUACUACUCGGAGCUGGAGUUCUGCAUCAGGCACUCCGAGUGUCCGCCGGGCCACGGGGUAGAGAAACCAGGUACCCCCUUCGAGGCCACCCAGUGCCGCGCCUGCCCCCGCGGCUUCUUCUCUUCCUCCAACUCCAGCACCAAGCCAUGCCAGCCGCACCAGGACUGCGAGCAGCAGGGGAAGGUGACCAACGUGCAGGGCAACCAGUACCACGACACCCUCUGCACCUCCUGCAGACUGGGGAGCAGCAACAGCACGCAGGGACCAGCUCUAGCAGACGACGACUGUGAGCAAGCCAUGAUAGACUUCGUGGCCUACCAGAACAUCCCCCUCAGAAAGCUGAAGCGCCUGCAGCAAAUCCUGGAGCACUCACCGAAGAAGCAGGCGCUGGGGACCAGGGCGGCCAACCAGGAGAAGUUCAGGGCUUUCCUCACCCACCUCAAAGAGGGGCACUACGAGCUCACCAAGGAGCUGCUGGAUGCGCUGCGAGCUGCCAAGCUGCACUCCAUCGAGGAGAAGGUCCGCAAGCGCUUCCACCUGCACUGA